AUGAUGGGUAUGCUCGGGGCCAAUAAGGUUCUGGCCUUGGUUCAUGGGUCUAGGAUCGUAAAUGUGUCUUCCAGAUCGGCUUCAUCCGUUGUUUCACCGUCAGUGAAAAAGUACUACCCAUACAUUGGGAACCGCGAAAUUGUUGGAUUCGGUCGGAAUGGGAAUCCUCAGUACUUAGAUGAUCCACGUUUCCCUUAUCCCUCCAUUCGUUUUAGAGAAAACGACGAUGUGUUUGAAGCCUUGAGAAAGAAGGAAUUGGGCGACUGGAAAAACCUAACCAUCGAUGAAAAGAAGCUGCUCUAUCGUCACAGCUUUCGCAUGACUCUGGCCGAGACAAUGGCUCCACAUCCCCGUUGGAAGCUGAGCGUUGCUUGGGCCUGUUUCUUAAUGUCUGCCGCCAUGCUUUAUCUUUCUUUUGUUAAGUCUGUUGUUCUGAACUUGCCGACAAUGAAAUACGCUCAGAAGGACUAUAAGGAGGCUCUACUCUACAGGCGCUUGUACAGCCGAGAUGGUCCAAUCGACGGCUUGGUGUCUUCUUUCGACUUCGAAAACAUGCGGUGGAAGAAUGCUGAUCAUUUGAUCGAUUCUUACCUUUUUUUUCCCAGGUUGACAUCUGGAUAUUUCAUCUUGGAAUUUUCCCGAGGUUCGAUAAUUUUGGCGGCUUCUCACCGUCCAUUUGCGACACAGGCUGAGACAAAAAUAAAGGCACUGUUGAAAACUCGUUUCCCAAAGGCGGUGACUAUUGAGGUCACCGACGUCAGCGGUGGAUGUGGGGCGAUGUAUCAGAUAUUCGUAAAGUCGCAGGAGUUUUCCGGCAUGUCGGUUCUAGACCAACAUCGGUCUGUGAAGGAGACUUUAAAACAAGAAAUCAAGUCAAUGCAUGGCCUUACUAUUGUGACGGAGGAGUAA